CCGGGAGUCCGUUUCCCCCACCCCCAUCCCGCCCCCCUUUAGCUUCCUGUAUUGCCCGCUCUUUAAUGAAACCAACGAGAGGACACCGCCUCCGUCUAGAGCAGCCUGGUCAGGAGCGUAACUGAGGGGCCCGUGGACGUGAGAGGAAAGCCGCGUAAGGCUGCGCUUCCCUGCCCUUGAGCCAUUCUAGACGCGGAAAAAUGCUUUCAGAAAGCAGUUCAUUUUUGAAGGGUGUGAUGCUUGGAAGCAUCUUCUGUGCCUUGAUCACUAUGCUAGGCCACAUUAGGAUUGGUCACGGAAACAGAACACACCAUCAUGAGCAUCACCACCUGCAAGCUCCUAACAAAGAAGAUAUCUUGAAAAUCUCAGAGGCUGAACGUAUGGAACUUAGUAAGAGCUUCCAGGUAUACUGUAUUGUUCUUGUAAAACCCAAAGAUGUGAGUCUUUGGGCUGCAGUAAAAGAGACAUGGACCAAACACUGUGACAAAGCAGAGUUCUUCAGUUCUGAAAAUGUUAAAGUGUUUGAGUCAAUUAAUGUGGACACGAAUGACAUGUGGUUAAUGAUGAGGAAGGCUUACAAAUAUGCUUUUGAUAAAUACAGAGACCAGUACAACUGGUUCUUCCUUGCACGCCCCACUACUUUUGCUGUUAUUGAAAAUCUAAAAUAUUUUUUGUUAAAAAAGGAUCCAUCACAACCUUUCUAUCUAGGACACGCUGUAAAAUCUGGAGACCUUGAAUAUGUGAGUGUGGAUGGAGGAAUUGUCUUAAGCAUAGAAUCAAUGAAAAGACUCAACAGCCUUCUCAAUGUUCCUGAAAAGUGUCCUGAACAAGGAGGGAUGAUUUGGAAGAUAUCUGAAGAUAAGCAACUAGCAGUCUGCCUGAAAUAUGCUGGAGUAUUUGCAGAAAAUGCAGAAGACGCCAAUGGAAAAGAUGUAUUUAAUACCAAAUCUGUUGGGCUUUUCAUUAAAGAGGCAAUGACUAACCACCCAAACCAGGUAGUUGAAGGAUGCUGUUCUGAUACGGCUGUUACUUUUAAUGGAUUGACUCCUAAUCAGAUGCAUGUGAUGAUGUAUGGGGUGUACCGGCUUAGGGCAUUUGGACAUAUUUUCAAUGAUGCAUUGGUUUUCUUACCUCCAAAUGGUUCUGAGAAUGACUGAAAAAAAGCAAGAGCGUGCAUUUGGUAACCACAUUAAGACAUAUUAUCAUGGUUUCUAAUUGAUAAUGCAUCUAACACAGUAGUGUGUUUCUUUUUCUUAAUCUGGUUACGCUGGUAUAAUCACACAUUGAAGUCUACUUGUACGUUUUCAAAUGGAAUGGUAUUUUUCCCUUAAAUCACUUGUAAGAAAUUUUCAUGUGUUAGAAAUAAAUGUUUUAAGAAUAGCAAUUUUGCAAAUACAUAUUUAUAAAUAUUUAUGUGAUGAAGACUAAAUUGUAGACAUUAAAAUCUGUGAUGGAUUGGUUUUAAAUUUUUAAUGUAUCUUUCUAAUAUAUGAAAAUGAGAUCUCUAGUGAAUUUGUGUUUAAAAUGAUACUUUUAGCCCUGUGUUUCCUUUACUUUUCUGUAGGGGUAGGAGCAGGGUCUUACAAUGUAGUCCAGGCUGGCCUAGAACUGGCAGUUCUCCUUAGCCUCCUGAGUGCUAGUUUUAUUGGCGUGUGCCACUAUGCCUAGUUGUUUCCUUUACUUCGGAUGUAGAUCUGUACUCUAAGCCACAUCAAUGCCAAUGGGUUUACUCUCCUAAAAUACACAACAAAGCAAUUAAGGAAGUGUUUGUUACCACUGUUAAAGCUUCAAUGCUAUCCCCAAGAGAAUGUGCAAAUUUUUACAAAGGUUAAGUAAUAUUCCUCAAAGUUAAUUAUGUGGCAUUCCAGAGUGUUUAGUUUCCAUUAACUCUCUACUUCAGCAUUCAAAUCAUGCAUUUGAAAUGGAGGCUAUGAAAACUGUAAUGUCGUUUAACUGUUUUCCCCCUUAAGCUAUGAGCUGCAGCUUGGAUUAAAUAUAUGACCUGUGAUUUA